AUGUCAUUAUUGCAUUAUCUCAGUUAUGCUGCUAUGGUCGCUGCUCUUGCAUUCAUGACACUUUCACUUGCUAGCGGCCUGCUGUACAUCUCCGAGUUAAUAGAGGAACAUUCACGUCUUGCAAAGAUCGUUGGACAGCGGGUGACAUAUGCGAUAAUAGCGCUGCACAUUGCACUCUACAUUUUAGAUUCCCUCCCCUUAGCACAAACGCUUUUCUCCGUAGUCUGUCAUGUCGUCUACCUGCAGAACUUCUCCAGCACCUGGCCACUUAUCUCGCUCUCGUCCUUGUCCUUUAUUUCAUCCUGCAUUUUUGCAAUCUCGGAUCACUUCAUUUGGUUCUUCUACUUCUCUCACCUCACACGGGAAGCAAGGCAGGUGUCAUAUUUAUAUCGUACUCCGACGCAUUCUACAGUACCUGGAUUCUCGGAUAUCGCGACUUUCUUCGGGGUCUGCGUUUGGCUCGUCCCGCUCUUCCUCUUCUUGAGUUUGAGUGCGAAUGAUCAUGCCUUGCCUACAUCAUCAUCAUCUGGCAUACCCAACACGCCGACCGCUAACUUGCGAACGUUGGGGCCUCAUUCAAACUCAUCUCUAUUCAAGGCGAUGUUUGGUCUCAUUCCGUUUCUUCCCAAGGCAUUCAGACGUGAAGCGACGGAUGGGCUGAUAGCUCCGCACACCCCAAAUCCCGCACGUCGGGAAAGCUCGCCUGCUCCUUCGUCACCAACAGUCUACCACGUACCCCUUCACACGCCCGGAGGAGUCCACACUGUUAGCGGGACUGGUGCAUUGCCUCCCAAUCGAUUUAGUCUUGGUUCGCCACCACGGCGGGCGUCCAAGGCUCCCACGAGAGUCACCGUUGACAGCGGAAGUGCGACAUUGGCAGCGAGAAGAAAUAAGCUUGACUGA